GCAUCACAUGAUUUGAGUCUUGUGACAAUCCAGACAGAAAGGGAAAACGAGUUCCGAGUUUACAACAGUUUUUUAGUGUGCUCGAGAGUGAUUGGAGAGGUUCUUUUGACAAAAAAUGACAUAAUGAGGUGAUACGAUGGCGAUAUUUUAGACAUUUCCCUCUUUUUUAAAUAAGCAUCCUCCCUUUAGACUGAACAGUCCGCGAGUGUUUCGGGUGGUGCAGUCAGGGACAAAGUUGGCACAUGGAGAGAGGCGAUAACUUAAAUUUUUGCGCGUCGUGUUUUCUUAGUUUUUUUUACCCAUCCGUGCCUGCAAAAGUCGUAUGACUCGAGGCAACACCGACUAAGUAAAUCCAAUUUGUGUGGGAAGAAGAGGGCCAGCCAAGGCAAAGAAAGAGAACGAAAACUUGAGGACGCAACAGAUAUGGACAGCAAACCUCUUCUCCAAGACCGUCCUCCCGCUUAUGCUAACGUCGUCCCGGGGGCGUAUGAAUAUGGCCAGCAGCACAAUUAUGGAGCUAUCCCCGCCCCAACCCCUGCACCCCCGGGCUUUCAACAGCCGCCGCCAUAUCAGUACCCCACUGGCCCAGGGUUCCAAGAAGGCCCCAGUGCACAGAUGGGUCCAGCCAUAGCCCAGCAGCCCUACCCUGGCACAUACACCAUCAUCCAGCCCUCCGUGGUGGUGGUGGGGGGCUGCCCAGCCUGCAGAGUGGGCGUGCUGGAGGAUGACUUCACCUGCCUGGGGAUCAUGUGUGCCGUCUUCUUCUUCCCCCUGGGGAUCCUCUUCUGCCUGGCACUGCGCCAGAGGAGAUGCCCCAACUGUGGCGCCACCUUCGGGUAGAAGGACCAACCUGUAGCUCGUCCUCUCAGCCCAGCUGGAUCUUAUAACUUUGUUGUUUAGAAUUGUUACACACUGAGAAUGCCAGGUAUUUUCUAUACAACAAUUAAGUAGUCGCCACAAUGAACUUAAUUCUGAUAUGAUAGAGGUGCAUGUAAAAACCUACAUUUGUACAUGGUAGAAUAUACUUUGGUAGUAUUAUCUAGUGAAGAAGCCUGAUCUUUGUCCAUCUACUGCUGGUGCCUUUAUUACGCUAUAGAGCAGAAAGCAGGGGCCAUAUUCCACAAAGCGUAUCAGAAAAUAUCCUGGAUCCUGUUUCAAGACCAAAAAAUCUCCCAGCUCAGAGUAGGUUUUAUGAGGGUAAGUUACUGCUCAGACAGACUCUGAGCCAGGAGAAAAAUCACCUCAAAAGUUUCUCCGUUGGUAAUCACCACAGUUUGAGGUACCGCAAAAGAAGGAUAGUGAUGAUGCUCAUUGACAUUGUUGCAAAUGAUGAGGAAUAACCAAUCACGACGAGGCACUGAGACGGUACAGCACGCUUCAGACAACAUCUGCCUGACACGAUCGCUUUGUCCACUUGUAAUUUAGCCUAAUAUGUUGCUUUGCAUAUGUUUAGAAUAAUGUGAUGGGAAUAUUGCACUGAAUCAGUUUGACAGUUAAAAUAUGAACGUUAUGUCAGCACUCUUCUGUUCAACAAAUCUAAGGCAUCAAGUCACUUGUUGAUAAUGUUGCAUAAAGCUUUUCAAAAAGGUCUAGUUUUACCGAACACAAAGUUAAUAUAGGCUGUAGAUGUCCAACCCAUAGACACGGCUAGUUUUACCCAACACAAAGUUAAUAUAGGCUGUAGAUGCCCAACCCAUAGACACGGCUAGUUUUAACGUGAUAUUGCGCUCCAAAGGGAUAACUUUAAAUGACAUGUAGGUUCAUGGAAUAAUUGAAAGAGAACAGUGUGAUGGUUUAUUACCUAGUGGUUGUAAGUAUUUAGGCGCAGGCUGUCAUGUGAAUGAAGCCUUGUGAAAUCAUUGUCAAAAGUACAAGGUGUACAUUAUUAUGGGUUGAUCGUAUAGAAAUAUCAAACACUGUCAACUCCAAAGCAACUGCCUGUCUGGCGCAGGAAGCACUGCCUUUUUCUAUUACCAAGACACCUGUUGGUAACUCUCAGCUGGUUAGGACAGCUCAUGGGGUCUCCUAAAUAUCUCUUGGCGAGGUGGGGGACUGUUAUGACUAAAGAAGCUUCCUGCAUAGCUUUUAUUUUUACCCAUAAGCGUAGGAGGAAAAUGUCUCUGCACCAACGACCAAAUGUUUUACUCUGAGAUGCUUUGUGGAUACGGCCCCAAGGCGCAUAUUCAACAAGUGCAUCCGAGUAGGAGAUCUAGGAUCAGGUCCUCCCUGUCCAUAUAAACCUUGUGCAUUAUGAUUUAAAAGCCAAACUGAUCCUAGAGGCUCUUUGUGAUAGAGGCCCAGAAAGGGAUUGUGAUCAUUAUGUGGCUCAAGAUGUGGAUCAAUAACAAAUCAUUUACUUGAUAGAAUUCCUUUGUUUUGUCAUGUUCAAUCAAACGGAGGCACAAGUAGAUUUUGUGCUCAAUGUUAAAUUCCAAUUGCGCCACACCUGGGAAUUGUUCAGUUCUGCCACUCCUGAAGCGCCUUCUGUUUCAUGUUGUCACAUUUUAGGAUUAAUUAUAUCUUUUUUAAAGGAGACUCAUUACGUUGGGAGAUGGUUCGUCACUGUACAGGUAUAUGACUAUAAGGAAAUGACCCAUCGAGCGAGAGCCUCUUUAAAUAACCCUUUUGAACCUCUUGAGAAUGCUGCCCCCACUCAGUCUAGGCCAGUGUCGCAGAUAUCUUUUCCCAGCUCGACUGGCUGGGGAAGGGUUUUAAACGUAACACUGAGACAUCAGCUGUCCCAAACUGAGACGCAAAAUUUGUCAUUGAGCUGUUGUCUGUUCUGGUUUAUUUUUAUUCUGGGGCCAUGUCAUAUUUUCACAGGUAUGAUUCUGAUUGAUGGCUUUUAUAUAGGUCUGCAGACCUCAGCGCUUCUUAUUGGACAAGACCAGGUAGUCCCUCCCUGUUUCAGUCCAUUUUCUACCGUUUGCUGCCUAAUGAAUAGGGGUCUCUGUUCCAGUGUCCUUUAAUGUCACUAUAGCAUACCACUUAGAAUGCAUGCCCAAUAAAAAUGUACGUCCUAAGUAGUGUGGAAAUUUGGACAUAGGUUGAAGCGCCCUACACAGGCUCUGCAGGAGUUCACCCAGGUCCUACACAGGCUCUGCAGGAGUUCACCCAGGUCAAGUCGGGCACCACGUCUUUGACCUACAACCAAGCAGACUCAGCCAAGGGAGGGAGGAAAAGCAUGCAGACAGUUUUUUGCAUAAUACAAGCAGGUUGACGUGUAUAACCUCUGGAUAAUCUGUAGCCAUUUUAGUAUUCUUCUCCGUGACAACUCAGCCUCCUGCAAUCCUCCCAACAAUAGACAAUCAACUGAGAAUGUCUCUAUGUACCCAUACGUCUCUCCACCAGUAGUGUAUUGUCCAUGUCAUGUAAUAAAAUGGGGUCAUAUAUUGGGGGGUGUAUUUUACAUGGAUCUGCUUUGAAACACUACGCACGCCAUCAUGAUUGAGGUCCUUAUUUUUUCUAAAAGAGUUAUUGUAAAUAAAGAACCAUGAGUGCG